GAAGCUGCAGUUUAAUUCAACAUUAGUUUGAAAUACGCCUUUACGUACGAACCUGAUUUAGGUAUAUCUUUGUAUAUAUAAAAGAGGACAUUGCUUGAUCAAGGAAAAUAAGAUUUUGAUCCUAUUGCGGUCAGUCGUGUCUUGAAGUAGGUCUAGUAUAAAUAAAUUAUAAUGUACGGCAAAAUUUGUAUUUUAUUAUUUAUAUCGUGCAUUUAUUUCGCGAUUGCGGAUCCAGUGCCAUUCAUAACAAAAUGUAAAUGGGACGAUACCAAAUGUAAUAAGGAAUCGAGUCAGGCUGUCGUAGGAAUAUUUUCCGCUGGCCUACCAGAGUAUAAUGUAGAAAAAUCAGAUCCUCUUCAGAUCGACUAUGUAGACGCUAGUUCACCAAACAUGAAACUGAUUGUCACCGAUGUUGUGGUUACUGGACUCAAGAACUGUGAGGUCAAGAAGAUGCAGAGAUUCGAAGACAGCUCAAAGUUGAUCGUCAAAAUCUUGUGCUCUACUGAAUUAAAAGGAAAAUACGACAUGAAAGGACAGCUCUUUGUAAUUCCUAUUGAAGGCAAGGGUGACCUCUACGCCAAUGUCCCCAAGAUCCAGAUCAACGCGGAGGUAGAUCUUAACAUCAAGAAAGGCAAAGACGGCAAGGACCGUUGGUUGGUGAAGUCCUGGAGACACACUUUUGACCUGAAGGACAAAUCCACUGUGAAAUUCGAAAACUUGUUCCCUGACAAUGAAUUCUUGAGAACAUCUACCAACGAACUGAUUGCUCAGAACGGUAACGACGUGAUCAUCGAGAUCGGAGCUAAUCUCAUCAAAGCUUUAGUUGGUAAAGUUGUAGAAAACAUCAAGAAAUUCUUCCUCGCAGUACCAAUUGAAGACCUAUCGCUUUAAAUUAAAAUUGAUUCCCAAUCUUAGUACAAAUGCAC